GUGCUUAGCGCCUUCAUGAAGUUAGUGGCACACUUGCACAUGGAGACUGAGAGUGAAUCUACCUUGCCUGUAAAUAGUUUGAAGGACGUGAACAAUAGGCAAAAUUCGCCUUGCACAAUUCAUGAAACAUCUUCAUCUGAAACUUCUUCUGACAGUGAGCCUGAAAAAAUCGAAAGGCCUGUAUUUCGGAAACCCAAAGACCCAGUCUUUUCAGUUCCAUCUGAUUACGUUUUGAAGUCAGUAGCAGAUUUGACAGCAGAUGUGAAGACUUCGUUACUUGGAAAGGUUUCUCAAGUUUUCGAUGAUUGUGUUGUAGUUCGUUCUGUUGGUUCAGCAGUUGUAUUGGAUGAGGGAUCUGCACUUUUCCUGGACGAUGGCAGGCAUUUGGGAGAGAUUUAUGAAACAUUUGGUCCUGUCCGUUCCCCAUUUUAUCUUGUGGUUCUUUCCGAAUCAUUCUGUAUUCGUUCCCAAAGACCGAAUAAACAUAUCACUACCACAAUUGAUUUAACUACUACGAAGCUGACUGAGUGUUCUGAAGAAGUAGUGAUAAAAAAUGAAGAGGUGGAUUCCGCUGAAGUUUCAGUUGAGAUAACUACCAAUAAUAAUUUGGAUUCAGUGGAUAAUGAACACAGUGAAAACGGUAGUGUAAAUGAGAAUUGUCCAACUGUUUCGUCUUCCGCUAACAGUGAUACUUCUAAUGAUAAUGAAGAAAAGAAAAUUGCUAAUCAGUCCUUGAAGGAGGUGUCUGUGUUUUAUGCACCUGAUAUGCCUGAACUUACUCUUCCAGUUUUUUACAACAAAUUAGUUGCAAAUAAUACUAAAGGAUCUGAUGCAUCAUGGGUAGGAAAUAUAGAGCCUCCGCCAGAAGUUCUUGAAUUUUCUGAUGAUGAACAAGAAAAGCAGUAUAAACGCAAAUUAAAAAUGAAGCACUCAGCAUCAACAUCAGUAGAACCAUCAAGUUCAUAUCAAAAGCAUAUAAACCGAUCGAAAAAUUUGGAUAAUAAGCGUGGCAGAUCCUCGUUAGAUCCAAAAGGACAUCAAACACCGUCGUCAAGCUCUCAUCAAACACGUGCACCCUAUCCAACUCAGCAACAACAACAGAUUCAACAAGUUUAUAACUUCACACCAUCUUUACAGCCAUAUCCAGUAACUCAGUGGAAUGUUCAUCCCAACAUGCAACCUCAAUGGCAUAAUUCAACAUAUGGAGCAACUCCUGUAAUUCAAAGUCCAUAUUUCAAUAUACCACAAACGCUUCCUCAGCAAUACCCAUUUCCAUAUAAUAUGCCCACAAGACCGUAUCAACACAAUCCUUGGCAACCGUUUGCACCGUCGUGAUAAACAUUUUUAUUCUAAUGCUUGAUGGUAGAGUAUUUUUAUCUGUAUAAAAAUGUAUUUAUCACGAAUAAUUUUUAUUUUUUCUUCUUUUUACGUAUCAUCUAAGCAGAUGUGGUUAAGAUAGAAUAUGUAAUCAUACUAUUUUCCUUAUUUCAAAAUACAUGAACAUGUAACUCAUUGGACGCAUACAAACAAGUACCACUUAUUUUCAAGAGUUGACUUUGUAAUGAUCCGUUGGUGUUAAGUAAAACAAUGGAAGGCGGGUCACGUAUGUUGAAUAAGAGGACCAGUCGUUUUGUGUAGUUAGGAUAUAAGAAAUUUCAGCUUUUCUCUUUGCUUUCAUCAUGAAUGCUACUGGUCAAGGGAACUUACAUUUAAUUUCAUGAGAACAAAUAAACGUGUAUUUUCAAACCAAGAAAGAAGCAGUAACAGUUAUUUCUACAGUGACAUCGUGAGAUAUUUUACGUACAACUUGUCAUAUGACCUUAGGCAAGUUAUCCCAUGAUAUUCUUAAAUUGUUAGUUCAUGCAGGUUUUUUCUUCAUCUACGAAUCUUCCCUAAUUAAUUUGAAUAAAGCUGUCGAAACAGGAUAAGUCACUAUGAACAUGAACCUUACUGUUAUUAUUGCCGUGAAGAACUAUUAUUUGUCAUAAAGCCAAUGUCACUUUUGCCAAAAUCUUUGUACAAGAUUUGGAAGCGACUGCACAACUUGUCGUUAAAUAAUUUUAUCACUACAUGAUGCUUCGAUGGACCUACUAGAGAUCGACCAACGAUAAAUUUUGAAGUCCCCUAAGUUUAGUAAAAACUAUUUAGCUACUUAUAUAUAUUGUUUAUAAAGUGAUUACUUGUAAACGCCUAUCAAAACAUUUUUCUAUUCAGAUCAUACAUGUAAUACCCAAGUCAAUAAUACUUUUCCUAAACCUAUUCAGACUUAUGGAAAAACAUAU